AUGUGCGAAGGGAUGUGUGUGUACCUCCAGACACGUGUGUCUCCGUGUGUGUGUGGAGAUCUGUAUCUCCGCGAGGAGCUGCCGCUGCCCCUGGAGCAUUUUCUGCAGAGGAUGGCCCGGAGACCCCGGCCCCAGCAGUUCUUCGGCCUCAUGGGCAAGCGGGAUGCCGGAUAUGGCCAGAUCUCUCACAAAAGGUCCUCUGAAAGGAGCAUAGCACAGAAUUACGAACGGAGGCGUAAAUGA